ACACCCACACCAGCCCUCUGGCCAAUGAGGGAGGGGCGAACGAGGGACUCAGCCGACUCACCCUGAGGGAUGAGAGAGCAGAGAGGAGGCGGAGGAGGAGGAAGAGCUCAGAGAGGAGUACGGGAGGAAGAGGAGAGAGGAAGAGGAGGGGGAAGAGCUACGAGAGGAGUACGGGAGGAAGAGGAGAGAGGAAGAGGAGGGGGAGGAGUCAGAAGGAAGAGGAGGAGGGGAAUCUGUCCUUGGAGAGUAGCACCACGCUGAUCGACACGUUACAGCCCCCACAAUGCAACAGUAGAGAGCCAAGUCGUGAUCCAGUUGCAGAGAGGUUUGUACAGCUGGGUUGUCUUGGAGACGGAGGCUACGGGACCGUCUACGCUGGGUACCGCAGAGAAGACAACCUACCUGUGGCUAUAAAACGUGUCCCCUUGGCCAAAGUGUUACGCAUACCGGUGACUCAGGAUGGACAGCAGGUGGAGUUUCCCUUGGAGGUGGUCCUACUGAGAAUCGUGGGAGGUAGGGGUGAGGCUACGGGGGAGGGGAUGGGUGAAGUUGUCCCUCCUCCCCGUGCUGCGGUGGCCUUGCUGGACUGGUUUGAGCUGGAUCGGGAGUUGGUGCUGGUUCUGGAGAGACCAGUUCCCUGUAUGGACCUCUAUGACUACAUUCAGAUGAGAGGAGGAACUCUGAAGGAGGAACACGCUAGGGUCAUCCUGAGGCAGCUUGUUGAAGCGAUGAGAGAGGUCCAUUCCAGAGGUGUUCUCCAUCGUGACCUCAAACCGGAGAACGUUCUAGUAGAAACCGGUUCCACCUGGCCUCGGAUCAGGGUCCUAGACUUUGGCUGCGGCUGCAUUCUCAGAGAUGGGCCUUACACAGAGUGUUACGGUACGUCCCAGUACACCCCUCCAGAGUGGUUUCUGAGCGAGUCGUACCGGGCCGGUCCCUCCACAGUGUGGCAGCUGGGGGUUGUGCUGUACGACAUGCUGUGUGGGGACCAGCCCUUCAACACACGACGAGAGAUCAUCUAUGAAGAGCCUUACAUCAAGGAUCAACUGUCCCGACACUGUGUGGAUCUGUUGAGGAGGUGUCUGGCGAAGCGACCCCGAGGACGGCCCACUCUGGACGAGAUGUUACUCCACCCCUGGCUCCAGUCGGACACGCCCCCUGGCUCCAGCCGGACACGCCCCCUGGCUCAAGUGAACCGGACACGCCCCCUGGCUCCAGCCGGACACGCCCCCUGGCUCCAGUGAACCGGACACGCCCCCUGGACAGACCUGCAGCUUGUCACCUGAACCCGACAUAAACAUAGAUUUUUAAAACAUUUUUUUGAACCGACUUUGAAAAUUGACUCCUUCAACGUGAAAAUAUAAACUUUGAACAAAUAUCAUACUUUUAUCAUUCAUGAUUUGUUACUCUGUCACACACACACACUCUACCCUGCUCCACCCGGUACUCUGCCCUGCUACCACCCGGUACUCUGCCCUGCUACCACCCGGUACUCUGCCCUGCUACCACCCGGUACUCUGCCCUGCUACCACCCGGUACUCUGCCCUGCUACCACCCGGUCCUCUACCCUGCUACCACCCGGUACUCUACCCUGCUACCACCCGGUACUCUACCCUGCUACCACCCGGUUCUCUACCCUGCUACCACCCGGUUCUCUACCCUGCUACCACCCGGUACUCUACCUUGCUACCACCCGGGUACUCUACCCUGCUACCACCCGGUACUCUACCCUGCUACCACCCGGUACUCUGCCCUGCUACCACCCGGUACUCUGCCCUGCUACCACCCAGUACUCUGCCCUGCUACCACCCGGUACUCUGCCCUACACCACCCGGUACUCUACCCUGCUACCACCCGGUACUCUACCCUGCUCCACCAUUCUAGUUCAUCCUAUAUAACUACUGCUGUCCACUUCAUAUAUAUAUAUACUGUAUUCUAGUCAUGGUUCAUCCUAUAUAACUACUGUUGUCCACUUCAUAUGUAUAUAUACUGUAUUCUAGUCAUGGUUCAUCCUAUAUAACUACUGUUGUCCACUUCAUAUGUAAAUACUGUAUUCUAGUCAUGGUUCAUCCUAUAUAACUACUGCUGUCCACUUCAUAUGUAUAUACUGUAUUCUAGUUCAUCCUAUAUAACUACUGCUGUCCACUUCUCUAUUCAUAUAAAGUCCAUUUUGUCUAUACACACCAUCAUAUACAUAUGUAAUAUGUUUAUAUUCUGAACUCUGACAUUGUUCGCCCUAACAUCUCUACAUUUCUUAAUGUAAUUAUUUUUAAAAAAAAAUUGGGGGGGGGUGUGCGUGUAUUGUUUUGUUUUGUUAGGUGUUACUGCACUGUUGAAUUUUGCAACACCCACGAAAACUUUUGCAAAAUAUGUGUACGUGACAAAUAUCAUUUGAUUUUAAUUUUGACAUAUACUCAAUAAAUAUAUUUUUCUGUACUGGC